CCCGGUGACUCAGCCGGUUCCCGGCGAAGCCGAUCCCUAUAAAACGCGGGGCUGCCACACGGGGCCAGCGCCGGCCCCGCCGCCCCUGCCUCAGUUUCCCUCCCUGGGGCGCCCCCGGUGCUGCGGCCAUGUGGACGGUGUCACCGCCGGUCGAUGAAGGAUGUCACCAGCUUGCCUGGCUUUGGGACCACGGCAAAGGCAGGGUGCAAAACACACUAGUAUCUUCCAGUACACCAAGAAGCUGUUCCUGAGCAAGCAGGGGGGACGGGCGCAGGCGCUGGAGUCCGUCCGGAAAAAUGCCGCCAACGCGCUCUCCAUGGCGAACCUGAUCAUGGGGCUCUCCUCCAUCCUCUGCAGCCUGAACAGGCAGUACCAGCACUCCUGCUGGCUGCUCCUCGGGGGCUUUCUGCUCGAUUUGGCCGAUGGAGCCGUCGCCCGCCAGCUCAACGCCUGCUCGGCGCUGGGUGCCAAGAUGGAUGAUUUCGCCGACUUCACCUCCUUUGGGCUGGCCACGGCGCUGCUGCUGCAGACGCAGGGUGUGCUGGACGGGCUGCUGGCCGUCGCCUACGUGCUGGCCGUCUUCGCUCGCCUCUGCUUCUUCUCCAGCGAGAUCCCCUUCACCUACCGGGGGCUGCCCUGCCCCUACGCCUCCUCGCUGCUGGUGAGCAUCUUCCUGCUGACGGGCGGCAACGUCACCCUGCUGCGCGUCGCUGCCAUCGUCAUGAUCCUCUUCAUGGUCGACCGGGGCUUCUACCCCCACGACAAGGUGCUGGAGUCCCAGCUCUGGAAGAAGGCGAUCUACGCUGGAGGCAUCGUGGCUGUGCUGCUCUUGCCCACGACGGCCGCCUCCAUGUACUACCUCGCCUGGUCGGCGUCCUACAUCUUCUCCCCCUUCGCCAUCUGGAGCUGCAAAGCCUAAGGGCGAAGCGGGGGCCGCCCUGGCGAGGACUGCUCCGGCCUUACACUCCACCGAACGCGCAGUAAAGCUCUCCUCUCCCUCGCUCUCGGGUGCCGGCACCGGGGUGUCUCGUCUCCCCACCUUCCUUAGCUCUUCCCAGGGAAAGCGGCGGCAGCGGAAGCCGAACCCAGCCCGGCCGGCACGACGCUGCAGCCCCUGGAGAGGGAAACGCCACAGCUCGCCCCCUUCAAGUGUUUUCCCAGCUGCGGCAGAGCCUGUUUAGAAAAGAAAAUAGCUGAGCUCCCGCAGAGGGAAGCUCUCAGCUUCAGGAGAGCCCAGGCUGGGCUCCAAACUGCCCUGCCCGUGCCCUGCCCGUGCCCUGGUCCCUGCGGCGCUGGGCGAAUCCCCGGCCACAGCCAGAACAACAACUCCCCUCCGGAGGCCUCCUGCCCCUUUCUGGGGGAUUUGACCCCCAAGCCCUCCCCAGACGGCUCCCGGGCUGCCCCCAGUGCAAAGCCCCGGGGCGGCAGCUGGGACGUGAAUCAAGGUGAUGCUCACACAGCUGACACGUUCCUGCUGCACACAGUAAUUUAUUGCCAGGGUGUAAUUGUGGCACGCUUACACUCCUGAGAUCCCAACCACGGUGAGGAAACAACCCUGGAGAGGGCAGCGGGGCCGGGCCGUGUCCUCGGGCCGGGCUGGGAGGAAGCCACCGAUCAAAUCUCCAGAGAGUGCAACAAAGCUGGGCCCGGUUCUCCCCAGAACCCAGCCCUGAGACACGGGGAGCGUUCUGGUAUUUAUUUUUUACUCAUCACCACAGGGAAAUAAUAUCUCAACCGUGUUCUUUU